GAUGUUAUUUGCAUUUAAUUGUUGGUACGUAGCAAUACAAAUUUGAAAAUUUAAUUAAAACAAUAGACACAUAAGCAGCAAGUUUAUAUCAGACCGAGCCAUUGUCGACACUGUUUGCUCUGUUUACUACACAUUUCUUUGCGAUUCAUUGUUAAAUCUUAAGUAAGUUCAAGAUUGAAAUGCAAAGAAAUCGCAGAGGCGAUAAACGAAUUUUCAUCAGUUCCAUUUGUAUCACGCGAACGGAACAGGUCAGAGCAUUUUUUCCCCUCAAUUGUUCUAAAUUAAACCGAGACGAAAUUUGGUUAAUUAGUCGUGCGAUUUGAUUAAAUUAGAGCAGAAUUCAGCCGUGUUCAACAAUAUCGUACCGAGUCUAAAAUGAACAACGGCGGCCAAUUGAAUGAUGACCACUUAACGAACGGAAGAGAUGAAUUAGGCAAAUGCAUCGUUUCGGAGAGUGCGACCGAUCAAAUGUUAAAUGGAUUAGACGAAAAUGACAACGAUAAUGACAACGAUAGUGAUAUUGACGACGAUAAUGCCGAUCAAGAAGAGAAACCCAAUUUGCAAGGUGAUCGAUGGAAUGUGGCACUGUUAACAUUCCUAUACUUUUUGCAAGGAAUUGUUUCGGGUCUGUCGGCUGCAAUGCCCUUACUGUUACAAAAUUAUGGUGCAACUUAUUCGCAACAGGCUCAAUUCAGUAUGGCGGUGUGGCCGUUUAGUUUGAAAUUGGUCUGGGCACCGAUUAUCGACUGUUUGUAUUCGAAACGGUUCGGUCGACGAAAGUCGUGGUUGAUUCCGACACAAUUUCUCACCGGAGUUUUUAUGCUGAUUUUAUCGUUUUAUAUCAAUUUGUGGUUGAGUGGCAACGGCCAGGAGCCGAAUAUUGAAAUUCUUACGAUUUUGUACUUUGGUUUGAAUUUUUUGGCUGCAAGCCAGGAUGUGACCGUCGACGGAUGGGCUGUGCAGAUGGUGAAGAGACGGAAUACCGGUUAUAUAGCAACAUGCAAUCAAUGUGGACAGAAGACUGGUUUCUUUGUCGGGUUCGCUCUAUUUACGGCACUCGAAUCAGCAGAAUUUUGUAACAAAUAUUUACGAAAUGUUCCUGAGCCAGAUGGCUUGAUAACAAUGUCAGGAUUUUUGCGGUGCUGGGGUAUCUGUUUCCUAUGUGCCACAAUCUUAAUAGCGAUUUUCAAACACGAACGACCACCGGACGAUGCGGACAGCGAUAUUGACGUAGAAUCCGAUUUCAGUCUAAUCAAAUCGUACAAAGUGCUGUUCGACAUUUUGAAGUUACGCGGCGUAAAACUGUUGGUGUUGAUUCUAUUAACAUCGAAAUUCGCCUACGCUCUGUGCGACAAUGUGAUGAAAUUGAAAUUAUUGGAUGCUGGCAUCAAAACCGACGAUCUACUCAUUCUGAUCAUGCUGUCGAUGAUGCCUACCGAAAUUUUUCUGCCUCUAAUUGUGACCAAAUAUACAACGGGGCCGCGACCAACCGAAACUUACAUCAAAUUCAUCCCGUUCCGGUUGCUAUUUUCCGCUUGUGCGGUGCUACUUGUAUGGUACAUUCCGAGUCUGAUUAACGAGUCCGGAGAGGCUCCGAUCAUACUGUUGGUGAUGUUAUUCACAUACAACAUACUGUACGACACAUGCGUUAAUUCGAUGUACUUGGGUAUGACGGCAUUUUUUGCCAAAGUAAGUGACCCAAGGGUCGGUGGCACAUAUAUGACACUGUGGAAUACGGUCGAAAAUUUUGGCGGUACAUGGCCGGCCACGUUGUCCUUAUGGAUGAUUGACUUAUUGACUUGGAAAGAAUGUGAAGUGAUGAACCAAACGGCUUUCAAUGCUACGCUUAAUUCAACUUGCCCUAAUUGGAAUGAUACAUGUACGACAAACAUUACAUCAACGAUAUCGUCGGAGCCGAAAUUGAAAUGUAGAACUACCGUCGAUGGGUUUUAUAUCGAGGCCGUCAUAUGUAUGAUGUAUGGUGUUCUGUGGUACUUCUGGGGUAAAUCGAAAAUUCGUUACUUGCAACGACUACCGACGAAAGUUUGGCGCCUCAAUGUGGAUUUGUAAAUGUGUAAGAGGUGCGGUAAAGAGAAUCCUUUAUUUAUGUGGAACUUUUUUAACGAAAUAUAUGAAUUAUAUGUGUUACUAAA